AUGGCGCGCCCGCGCAUUCCCGCCCUCUAUGGCAUCCUUCAAUUCUGCCUCCGGCUGACCCUCGUGGUCUUUGAGGUCUGCGCCCUCGCCGCUCUUAUUACGCUUUCACGAUACGACUUCCAUUAUCCUAUAGGAUAUGUUGCAUCCGCCCUCGGCAUCAUUUACUCCAUGACGGAAAUGGUCACUCUCGCCAACUCGACCGGUCAGAUUCCCCGCAUGCGCACCGGCGCCCUCGUCGUCGCCGACUUCAUCCUUUUUGUCCUAGGCCUAUUCUCUUUCUUCUACUUCAUCAUUCUCAACGGCUGGCGCACCGGCAGCCCUAAUCGCGAGUACCGAGCCUGGCGCAACGAUCCCCUGCGAGUUGAAAAGGCGACCUGGGCGCCGUGGUACAUGUGGUUACAGCUCAUCGCUGCCGUUCUGCACUUUCUGUACAUGUUGAUGCAUUGCGUUGAUGCCUGCAAACAAGCUCCACAGCAGGCUAGGAGACGGCAGAUGAGGAGGAGACAAAGAGAGGCAGAGAGGAUGGCAGCCAGAGAUCCCGAGACAGCACAGGUUACAGCGAGCUAG